AAGAAUCAUAUCAAGACGGCACUGUUUAUUACAGCAAAUUAGCAUAUUACAAUAUAUUGCUGUCUUGUGUUUUUGGUUUACCGCAGCAGACGGAUUAUGAAAGAAGCGUCUAUUCAGCUCAAGUAUAUGUUAGCGUUUUUAUAAACGGUCUAAAUGGGUGCAUAUUAUUGUUCUAUAUGCAGGCAAACAACAUUCACUGGGAAGGGACACAUAUUCGGGAAAAACCACCAGAGCAGACUCAGAGUGGUUCUCCUUAAAUUCUUAGAAAAGGUGAAAGAAGCUCGCCAGACACUUAAGAAACCCCAAUUGGAAAAGUUCGACUGCAUCGAGCACAAGAAGACAUUCUGGUGCUACUGCUGUGGGCGUGAGGUGGAUAGAAACGUUACCGACGAGAACAUGACUGUGCUGUAUGGAGGCUUGUUAGAACACAUGGCCACCCCAGAACACAGGAAGAGUACUCACAAGUUCUGGUGGGAGAAUAAGGCUGACCCCAAGUUAAGAGACAAGGUCAUCAUCACAGAGGCGGAAACUGAGAGGUUUAAAGCUGAGGUGGAGAAAGCAUUGGAAUCAUUUGUGGAGAAGGAGGAUGACUUCAUAAAACAGCAAGCUGAUGUCAUCCGGGCACAAGAAAAGCAUCGUCAUGAGGUCCUUCAGUCUCUUUUAGAGCGUGACGCAGAGCCAGAAUUGUUCAAUGGACCCAACGGCACAGGCAUGUCUGCUGAGGAGGCUGUCAGCUCUCAAUUUACAUCUCGGGGAUCAGACCAUCGAGCGGGCAGCAGCUUUGUCGAGUCAAUGGUUGAAGCACCACGGGCUGCAACAGGUCAUGGCCUGACUUUCAUCGGCUACCAGCAAUCAAACAGGGGAAAUGUGCAUACAGGUGCUGUGCCUCCUUGGCUUCAGGAGGAUCCUCGGGGGGGGACCUCCGCUGCAGCACCUCCAGAGAACGGUCCAUCACUCCAAGAGUUCCUCAAACAGAAGGAGAAAGAGAAGCUGAAGAAACUUCCACCGAACCGAGUGGGCGCCAACUUUGAUCACAGCUCUCACACAGACGCCAACUGGCUUCCCUCCUUUGGUAGAGUGUGGAACACUGGCCGACGCUGGCAGUCCAGGCACCAAUUCAGACAAGAAGAAGGGCAGAAGAAGAAACAAAAGAGGAAGAAGGAGCUUGGCACAGAGGGGUCAAAGAAAGCAAAAACAACUGAACAGCUGACAAAUUCUGACAGCAUUUGAAACUAAUUGUCUUGUGUGAAAACUGCAAGAAGGGAUGUGUAUAUAGUUUGCAAGAUGUGAAUGAGAUUGUAUACUGUGUUUCUGAGGCAUUGUACUCUGUUGUAAGUGCUCAGGCGGACUAGACGCCCUAAUGUAGUUCCUAACUACACCGUAGUGCUUGCAUAUCGCAAAUUAUAUGUAACCUUCAUACCAUAAUUGGGAAUGUGUGCAGUGUGUGUAUAUAUAUUAGUAUGUCAGGCUUUAUUGCAUUAAAACUGUAUGGUCUGACUUCAAGACACAAUAUCCUAAAUAUGUUAUCAGUUUUCAAUCUGUAUACUCACUCAAAACCCUUCCCACACUCUCACACACACACACACACACACACACACACACACAGAUCUGCCAAGCGAACAGCAGGGGGUGUCAGCCACUGGACUAACCAAGGUACCUGCUGUUUGAUAAGAUAAGACUUUACUUGAAGGCAGGCUGUUGAGGCCAGCAUUCAGAAAACUUGGUUAAAUGUAUUAUCCAUUUUAAGGAUAUUUGUCCAUAUGUGGCAAAGAAAGACUGCGUCAUUGAAUCUGCCCAAUAUUCUGACCUCUCAAAAACUACAAACAAUCUUAAAUUGCAAUACACAUAAUAAGAGCAGUAGUUGUAAGUGUUUUAAAAAUACAUCCCAUUUUUGCAGCGAACUUGUGCAACCAAAUGAUGAGCUUUCAUUUCCACUUUCAGAUCAUGUUCCAACUGUAAAGGCUUAAGCGGAUGCACAUUGUUGCCACUUUGAGACGAUGUGACAAGACGGUGUUAAUACAAUCAGCAUAGGAGGUUCUGUGCUCUCUAAAAUGUGACAGCUCCACCUGUUUUCCAAUCCUUCAUUGUUGAAAUAAAGACGUGAGUUCCAUUGAGGAACGUUUUCAGUGGUGUGUAGGAAUGCUGCCACUCCUCCGGCCGUUUCUUGUCUCCAGAAGCUAGAUUAAAGAUUGCUGGGUGAAAUAUGUUUUUAUCCUGAUGCCUUAAACAAAUGGAUACUGGUACACAGGUGAGCCUAAAUGGUGAACAUGAAUAACAAUUUUACUUGCCAUCUUAUAUUUCCCCCCAAUGUUACAUUGGUCAGUGGCCCUAUUCGGCCUUAAAAUCAAACUUUAAUACUGAUGCCCUCUUAAAUUGAUCCAUGAAGAGGAAUUGCUUUUAUAAUGCAGACUAAAAAAAUCUCUGUUGAUAACUGGUUUUGCAUUUGGUGUAAUUAUGUGGUUCAAAUCUCCUGCAAUGUGUAAUGGAGCAUAACCGACGGAGGAUAACAUUUAGAGUCAGUGUGUGUUGACUGUUGCUGUGUGUACAGCGUUUGUUUGGCAAAAAAUGAACAUCAGCACAAGGAGAGGUGGCUAGGAGCAGUGCAUGUAGUAAACUUUCUACUCCUGAGCUCACAGUCGGCCUUUCUUUUAUCUGUACAGACCUCCUUCUCCCCACAAGGUAUAAUCAGGCCCCAGUGUGCUCUGGCUGGAUGGGCGUGGAGCUCAGUGGAGCUGCAAGGCAAUCUGGGAAUACGACGUGUAGCUGAUCUAUUCUUAGCUAUGUGACAACACGGCUGUGGCUGAUUCACAACGAUCUGAAAAAAUGGGGUUACCGUCUGUACGUUUGACUGCAAUCUUAACGGUUACAAUAAACUCAUUAUUAGAUGAUUAUGUCAAAGCUGUAUGAGUGAACAAAGAUGUUGCUUUGAUAUCAGA